GUGUCUUAGAGGCAGAGUGCGUGGGUACUGGAAGCCGCUGAUUCCGAGGGUUUCCGUCGUCUCCUACAGGCUACAACAGCGAGUGUGCGUGAGUACUAGCAGCGAGUAAACUCUAGGUUUCGGUCGUGCGUCUAUUCUAGGGGCCAAAUAUUUGGGUGUCGUCGAUCACUUAAUUAAGAAGUUUUUGGAGUUGCUAUUAAGAUGGCUUCAGAAGCAACACCAACACCUCAGACAAAGAGCUUCAUCGGUAGAGGGCCGAAUUGUAUCCCAAAGGCCCCAACGAACCCAGAUGAUCGGACUAUGAUUCACAUUCGUCCUUUUCCACAUGACAAUGAUUUUGCAGAUCCUAAAAUCGUGAAGUGCAUCUCUCAAUUGUGCCUCCAAAAUUGGCCUACCCCUGUGAUUAGGUGGGCUGAAACACCUCUCGCCCACAAGGAUGCAGUUUGGGCUGAAUUUCAGAAACGCUAUAGGUGGACCAAUGAGCAGAGUUCGUUAAUAGCUAAACUAUUCUGGCAAAAGUGUGCUACUAGAACAAAAGACAAGCUUUCAAAAGAUCGCUCAAAUGCCAUAAGACUUGCUGGGGAUGCUCAUCCAGGUCAAGGAGUUGAGUAUAUGCAUGAGUAUAAUCCUUGGUGGUGCUCAGCUGAUGUAUGGUCUCAGAUGUGUGACCAAUGGAGAGAUCCAAUAUGGUUGAAGAGACGAAAGACUGCUGCCGAAAAUAGAGCUGCAGGUGUACCUGAUGGCGAGAAGGCCAAAGGUACCUACAAGGGUGGCAGUAUCUCCCAGUUGGCACAUUUGGUUGCGCGGGAGUCUGCGUCUAAGGGUGAGCCUAUCCACUGGUUAGAUGUAUAUGUUGCCACUCGAGAUGGCCUUCCUGAUGCCGUUAAAACAGCGGAUAAUUAUCGUCUCUUAAUGGAUGAGCGUUAUCCCGUGGGCACUCCACGUCCACAUAUUGACCAGGAGUUGUGGGAGAAGGCAUCUAUUGUGAAGAAGAAUUAUGUUAAGGGUCAAGGACGAAGAACUCGCCCAUCCAUUUAUGGCUCGGGGAGCACACAGUCUUCACAGUUUUCGACUUAUCCAGCUGGUCAUCAUACACCCGCUGACUGUGUCAGAGCUAUAUGCAGGGAUCGAGAGCUUCUUCUCACACUAGGAGGGCAUCUAGGGGCAAUGGAUCCUGAGGAGUUAGCCCGUGCAGUGUCCGCAGCAGCAGCAGCACAGGAGCAGGAGCAGCAGCAGCAUGGUGAUGAGGGAUCACAACAUGAUGAGCAUGAUGCUCGAGAUGAUGAGGCCGGUGGAUCUUAGGGUGGUAUCGUCAUAUUUAUGUUUUUAUCUUUUGGAUUUGGUGAUGCUCGAUCAUAUGAUUGUCUAGUCGAUAUAACUUUUUACACUAUUAUGUGGAUUUUAUAUGUCGGAUAUUAGUGUAGUGUCAUCGUAUUUAUGUUUUUAUGCGCCACUUUUGGAUUUGGUGAUACUAGAUCAUAUGAUUUUCUAGCGGAUAUAACUUUUAAUAUUAUUAUGUGGAUUUUACAUUUAUCAUUUUCACUAUACAGAGUGAGCAAAAUGUUUAUGUA